GGAAUAGACGGCAUGGUGUUCGAAUUUGAUCUUGGCGAACCUUUCCGGCCCUUCCAACAAUUGAUGGGAGUACUUCCUGAAGCGAGUAAAGAGCAUGUUCCCCUGGCCUAUCGGGUACGGACUGCUUUUAGGGGCACCACAGCUCAGGAUUGUUCAUCACUGAUCGUAGGAUCUCAUGUUUGAUGGGAACUCGCCCAUCUUGGACUUCUAUCCGCAAACAUUCGAAUUAGACUUGAACGGAAAGAAGAACGAUUGGG